AUGGAGGUGGCAUCAGCGGCUGGGGCUGGAGUUGUAGCUAUGGAGGAAGAAAGGGAAUUAACCAAUCGCGUCAUGUGUCAGCUGACGGACUCAGAAGGUACUCCUCUGGGAGCGCCGAUUUUCCUACCUGAAAGCGCCGGCCCGAAGGAGCUCCAGCAGCUGGUCAAUAAGCUACUUAACAACGAGGAAAGAUUGCCUUAUGCAUUUUAUGUAUCAGACAGUGAACUUGUAGUGCAGCUAGGAACAUACCUUCAGAAGAAUAAAGUGUCUGUGGAGAAAGUCGUCACGAUAGUUUACCAGCCCCAAGCAGUAUUUAGAAUACGGCCUGUAACUCGCUGUUCUUCAACUAUAGCUGGUCAUUCAGAGGCAGUGCUUUCUGUAGCGUUUAGUCCAGAUGGACGCCAGUUAGCAAGUGGAUCAGGCGACACCACUGUACGGUUAUGGGACUUAAAUACGCAAACUCCAUUGUUCACGUGUAAAGGACACAGAAACUGGGUUCUUUGUAUUGCAUGGUCGCCAGAUGGUAAACAUCUAGUUAGCGGAAGCAAGGCUGGAGAACUGAUAUGCUGGGACCCACAGACUGGCAAACCAUCAGGAAACCCUCUUACCGGUCACAAGAAAUGGGUAACUGGAAUCUCAUGGGAGCCGGUGCAUCUUAGUGCUCCAACCCGCCGCUUUGUUAGUUCAAGUAAAGAUGGUGAUGCAAGAAUUUGGGAUGUUACUUUGAAAAAAUGUGUUAUAGUUCUUACAGGACACACACUUGCCAUAACAUGUGCGAAGUGGGGUGGAGAUGGAGUCAUAUAUACAGGAUCUCAGGAUUGUACAAUUAAAAUGUGGGAAACUUCACAAGGGAAGCUCAUACGCGAACUAAAGGGCCAUGGCCAUUGGGUGAAUUCUCUAGCAUUGAGUACCGAGUAUGUUCUGCGAACUGGUGCAUAUGACCAUACCGGCAAAACAUAUACUUCUCCGGAGGAAAUGAAGAAGGUGACCGAUUUAUCUUCAGCAUCUUCUCUUGUAAAUCAUGUCUACUUCUCUCCGGACGGUCUGUGGAUCGCGAGUGCUUCCUUUGACAAGUCGGUUAAAUUAUGGAACGGGGUCACUGGAAAAUUUGUGGCUGCCUUCUGUGGUCAUGUGGGCCCCGUCUAUCAAAUAAGUUGGUCGGCUGACAGUAGGCUGCUCUUGAGUGGAAGCAAAGAUUCGACCUUGAAGGUGUGGGAUAUUCGGACUCAGAAGUUGAAGCAAGAUCUUCCGGGGCAUGCAGAUGAAGUAUUUGCAGUUGAUUGGAGUCCGGAUGGUGAGAAAGUAGCAUCUGGAGGCAAGGAUAAAGAUACUGGGCUUGGUUGGGAUACUUUGAGAAACACGGUAACUGCAUCUGACGAAUGGUGGGACGAAUAUUUGAAGGUUAACGCAGAUGCUUUUAAGUUUCGCUACAAAGGACUUGAUAACUCUGAUGAACUGACUUCCUUAUUCAAAGAAGGAUAUGCAACUGGAAAAAAUGCUUGGGCACCUUCAGAAGGAUCUCUACCAAAUGACUCUAUUGGAUCGUGUCAAACUCAAGCAAGUCAAUCUCCAGAAAAUAAAGCAUACGUAGAUCUUGAGGUGCAAGGUGAAGAACCAAAUAAUGUAACCAAGUCGAAUGAGAUGAAAAAUAACAUUGGAAAUGCUACAGGUGCUAGCCGCCGUAAGCGAGUCAGAGAUGAGUUUCCCCCAUCUAGAACUUCUCGUAAAGCCUCGUCCGCUGCGAAUAUGGAUCAAUAUCUUGGUCGUAUUUGUGAAACUGUUGAAGCAAUGGGUGCAAAAUCUGAUAAUACAAUGCAAGAAUGUAUUAAGAUACUAAAUGAGAUGUCUGCAAUACCUAAAGGAAGUGAGCUUUAUCUGUUUGCUUGCAGAUUAUUUUUGAAUAGGGAACAACGAGAUUUAUUCAUUGCUCUUGGGGAAUCAGAACUACGGAUCAUGGACAACGACGAGGAUAAUGACUACAAUGAAUUAAAAGAUGUUGCGACAGUGGGAUUAGUUAGUGUUAUGGGGUGCAUAGGUGCAAUUGAUGGAACACAUGUGGAUGCAGUCAUACCAACUGAUGAACAACUUGCUUAUCGAGGGAGAAAGGGUGAAUGCACCCAAAAUGUAAUGGCAGCAUGCUCGUUUGACAUGAGAUUCACUUUUGUUUGGGCAGGAUGGGAAGGAUCUGCUCAUGAUUCUCGUAUAUUCAAUGAAGCUAUCAAUAGGCCAAAUUUGAAGUUUCCAAUGCCUCCAAGAGAGGCGAUAGAAGAUGAAGAAUUUAAACGUUAUGAUGAAGAUGAAGAUUAUGUUAGCGAGGAUGAAGAAGUGGACAUAGACUCGGAGGAUCAUUAUGGUGAAAUUAAUGGGCUGGUGAAUAAUCAACCGAAUCAGGAAAUGAGCAUUCUACGUGAUGCGAUAGCCGACUCUGUGUACCGUGCUACAUGA